AUGCAUGCCUUAGUACAGCCUCAAUACCCAAGUCACUGGCAGCACUGCAAUAUGGCCGCCCAGCUCAUCAUGCCUACGCUGCCCAGCGAGCAGCAUCACUCUCGUCACUUUCUCCCUGCCCACCGCCCUACUCACCACGCCCGAUCCCAGUCCUACAACCUUGCCGGCGCUGGUCCUCGCUUCCAGAUCAAUACCGACCUCACAAACAAAAACGACGGCCACUAUGCCUCGACGCCGCCCUCGCCUCGCGGUACCUCGGGCUCUCGUAGCAAUAUUCACAGCAAAGGCGCACGCCCUCUGUACAUGCCCGCUGUUCUGCGCCCCAACUAUGAGUUUCCGCCCGCACAGCCGCUUUCGCGCUCCCCCGGUGCCUCGUCAGACUCGGGUUCCGACUCGACCCUGCGUCGCACCAACACGGCCAACCUGCUGAGCCUGACCGGCCUCGGUGCCAUCGGUUACCGCCUCAGCCGCCGCUCGACCAUCGACAGCUCCAAGAGCCUAGAGGGUGAAUGGGAUCUAGCGACAUAUCCCGACGUCAUGUCAGCACCCACGCGCAAGCACUGGAAGCCCGACACGGAAUCGACCGUCUGCGACGACCCCUUGUGCAAGCGCACCUUUACCUACUUCACCCGCAGGCACCACUGCCGCAAGUGUGGCAACAUCUUUUGCGACUCUCACUCGGCUUCUGUGCUGCCCCUCGACCAGGACGCCAACUUUAACCCGCGCGCCGACCCUUCGCGCACAUGCAACCACUGCUUUGAGCAGGUCAAGGCCCGCCACUCGCGCAACAACAGCCAGUCUUCGGGCUCCGACUCGACGGGCGCGGGCGCGACGGCCAGGGGCGCGACGGCGAUUGCGGCCAGAAAAGGCGGCGCGGAUAACGAGUUUAACCUGCCCAGCAGCAAGGACUUGGCCGCCAGCGUCCCACGCGACUGGAACUGGAGCACAUUCUAG